GCAUAAAAGGGCAAGGACUCUUAUCAAUGGCGGACUAUGUGGCUUCAACAUCGUGCAUUAAUCUGUAUAUGCAAAUAGCUGGUGUCGUCAAACAUAAGGGAUUCAAACCUCAGACUUCACAUUUCAGAACAGUACAAAGGAAGUACUUCUAUGGAAUCUGCAACUCUAUUGGGUCACCAAGGCGGAAAAUGUGUGAGCUUACUGCUCCUGGCAUCUCAAAGUUGAAAGUAAGUCCUCAGUCUGGGAGGUCGACUUUGAAGUGUAUGUGUUUCGGGUCGUUGGUAAACUCUGAAGGCGCUACAGCUUCUAAUUGGGUGCCAGUUGUUGAUCAAGUGCUUCUGAUGGCCAGUAUAUUUCUAACAUACAUGGCUGGAGUUAUUCCUGUUAAGCAGUCUUAUCAAAAGGAUAUCUCCAGUGAGAACAGGAUUCCUGAAAGUUCAACCUCUUCUGGUAGUUCGAUGACAAAUGAGGAACAAGCUAAUCCAAAGUAUGCCUUAGAUGUUGUGAAAGAGAAACUUUUGGAUUCCUUGGAUGCCUUUGAACGUGGAGCUAAUUUGGGAAGUAGGAUUCUUGAAUAUAAUGAGAGCCGUUCAAAGCGACCUUUACAUUUGAGUGCCGUUGCUGAUGGUCCAAGGUUAAGACUGCUUUGGGCUAUUCUUCAGCAAAUUGAGGAAGAGGUGAAUGGUAUUUCAAACUCCGAAUAUCUUGACAUGUAUGAUAGGUUGACCGUUUUUUCUAGAGUGAUUCGAAAAUCUUGUCUGCCUGUGUGCAUGACUUGGUUGGAAAGAGAGCAUCGCCUUGCAAAUAGCAACCUUGACAAGGCACUUGUUUCUUUGUUACGUGCAAAGUUAAAUGGUGAUGAUACCGUUCUGCUGAAUAUUAAGAACUCAGGCAAGGAAGAUCUUUACGCAGAUUUAUUGUGCUUUCUUUGUUUUGGUUCUAUCAGCAGGGCAGAUUGCUGUUAUAACAAGAGCUUGUAUUUUUCAAAUGGAGUUUCCAUAUUGGAAGAUUUUUUGAUAAAUUUAGCAGAGGGGGUUGCAAGCAUAUAUUUAGAGCUUAUUUCCGUGGACAGUAAUGUCUCAAAUGAAAUGAAUAGCUUAUGCUUGGCACUUUGUACUUUGUCCACACGAGAGCUUCAAAGGUUACGGAAUGAGGUGGCUUUAAACCAGUGGCUGUAUCAAAAUUUGGAGUCUGUUGCAUCAAUGUAUGAAGAUCGCUUUGACUUGUGCACGCUUCAGAGGCAACUCAUUGGGGAGCCAGCCAAUAGCCGCUCAGAAAAACCUUGGUGGAAGAAACUUACCUGGAGAAAAUCUAAUAGUGCGUCAUCUCCAUCAUGCUAUGUUGUGAUAAGUCAGUUUUCAAUGCCCGUAAAGCGGACAAACGAAUUGCGGGCCCUUACAGGGUGGAGGUAUUACUUCAGCCUAUUCCUAGAGUUAUCCGAUAUUGGCAUGCCAUUUAUUAGAGCCAUUAUCAACAAAGUCAGCGAUAUGAUCUCAUUCUUUUUAGUGAGCUUAAUUGGGCGGUCAUUGGGACUCAUUUAUACUGGGAUUAGGCAGUCCCUGCGAUGGAAGUGAGAUAAUAAAACUUAAAAGGGAGGUAAAAUUCUUUGUUCAUUGCAAUUUUUCUGCUUAGGAAAGUAGGCAUUCGGAAGAAUUUGGUACAUCUGUCAGAUUAAAAAGUCCAUCUUUGUUUUGGCCACUGGACGCUACCCUUAUCCAUAGAUAAUUGAAGUUGACACCGACAUUGAGAUAACUGUAAUCAAACCCUGUUCCAGAUUGGGCAAGUAAUCUGGCAAAAUAUAAGAAUAAAGUAAAAUUUCACAUUCUUUUCUUUGAUUGGCAAUUUCCAUGUUGAUGCUUAAGUUCCCUUUCUGGUUUCUGUGUAGAAUUUCUGUCCCCUUUCAACGUUUCUUAA